ACAUCUUGAUGGUUCUCAGACUCAUUUACAAGUAACGGAACCGGGCAGUUCCGCGGCUGGUUGCCAGAACGUUUUUUAUUAGGCAAACUAUUGAAUUUAGAUUGAAUGUAAGCUAUACGGCUACUUUAACGUUUUUUUUGGGGGGGGGGAAAGAAGAUUUGUCGUAAAGGGUGAACUUUAUUUCACUGCGCGUCAUUAGCUCCAAACUCAGGCCAAGUGACAGAGGAAAACAGUUUUCACCUCACCCUCGAUGAGACAAAACUACAGAGUAAUGGAGACGGACUAACGCGUCAAAUGAAAGACAUGAACUUCGGCGUCCCUGCGACUUCGCUGCUGCUUUUACGUGCCUGCGAUGACGGGGACCACGAGACGGCCCGGGGUCUCCUGGAGCCCGGCGCCCCGAAAGAGUCGGGUCGGCAGAGCAGGCUGAGGUCAGAAGCGGGCUCCGAGUGCGCGGCCCCAGACGGGGUGUCUCUGGUACCGGUGGACUGCACGGACGAGGAGGGGAACACCGGCCUGCAGUUCGCCUCGGCCAGCGGCCACGAGAACCUGGUGCGGUUCCUGCUGCGGAAGGGCGCCUCGGUGGACAGCCGCAACAACUAUGGCUGGACCCCGCUGAUGCAGGCUGCGAGGUUUGGCCACCUGAAUGUCGCCCACCUCCUCCUGGAGAACGGGGCGGAGAUAAACGGCCGCAACAGGCUUGGGGCCAGCGUCCUGUCCAUGGCGGCCCGCGGGGGCCACGUUCACGUGAUCAAGCUGCUCCUCGAGGGCGGGGCCUACGUCGACGACUUUGACCACCUGGCCGUGGCUGCGGAGAACAUCUCUAACGGCAACAACAACAACAGCUGCAGCACAGCUGGAUUUGGACCUGCUGAGGGCUACCCAGUCGGAGGAGGAGGAAGGGAUUUUAUGGACAUCACAGCUUUGAUGGUGGCGUCCCAGCACGGUCACGAGGCCGCUGUCUGCCUGCUGCUGGAGUGGGGCUCUGAUGUCAACUUUUCCCAGAAGACCACCGGCUGGGGGCCGCUAAUGGCGGCUACGCUCAGCGGGAAGGAAUCAGUGGCUCAGCAGCUGGUGGAGCGCGGGGCCGAUCCAGACCGGGUCAACGUUCUCUCCAAGACGGCCUUGGAACUAGCCAUGCAGCUGAAGCAAAGAGACGUCAAGGCGUACCUGGACUCCAUCACCACCGUCAGACCUCAAACGGAUGACGAGAGAAAAAGGCCAGACGUGUUCAGCGCUCUCAAACUGGGAAACUCCCAGCUCGUUAAAGACAUCUUGGAGGAGGACCCGGCUCAGGUAAACUCCUCCAAUCAGGAUGGAGCGUCGCCGCUCAUGAUGGCGGCGGUGAGCGGGCAGUUGGAGGUGGUGCAGCUGAUGGUGGAGAAGAAAGCCGACGUAGACAAACAGGACUCCGCUCACGGCUGGACCGCUUUAAUGCAAGCCACGUAUCACGGCAAUAAAGACAUUGUCAAGUACCUGCUGAGUCAAGGAGCUGACGUGAACCUGCGAGCUAAGAACGGAUACACUGCCUUUGAUUUGGUCAUGCUGCUCAACGACCCAGACACUGAGCUGGUGCGUCUCUUGGCAUCGGUGUGCAUGCAGGUGGACAAGGACAAAUCCAAACACCGCGGCAGAGCUUUGAUCAGCCGCUCCAAAAGCAGACAGUCCCUCAACAACAUUCCAGUGCCACCCGAUGACAAGGGAGGCCUCAAGUCCUGGUGGAGCAGGAUGUCCAAUCGCUUCCGGAGGCUGAAGCUGACUCACACCCUGAGGCACGGCCUCUCAACCAAUCGGCUGGCUCCGUUUCCAGACGAAGCCGAGACUCCUCUGGACGCCACGAUGAGGGCGGACGCGAAGGCUGCAGCUGUGCCUAACGGGACGGCGGCGGCGGCAGCUACUACUGCCGCUCCAGGAGUGAGUGACGUGAGCACCGCGUGGGCCGUCAAGACCAAAGAUGCUGCAGGUCACUGCAGAACAUCCUCAGAGAAGGACGACUCUCUGAUAACCACAUUGCUGAGAAGCGGCGCUCCUCUGACCCGGCUGCCGAAUGACAAGCUGAAAGCCGUGAUCCCUCCUUUCCUGCCGCCGUCCAACUUUGAGCCCUGGAACUCCGACCGAUCGCGUUUCCUCCAAGACGGGAAGAGCGAGGCAGCGCGGCUGCCGAUGCCUCCUCAAAGGAAACUCAACAGCAGCGGGAACUCUGACAUUACGUCCAUCAGUCGCGUUGUGAACCGGUCCAUCAAGUUUCCGAACAUCCCUAAGGGACCCUCGUCAUCCUCGCCCUCUAAUUCUGGUCACUACCACUCCCCCCACUCCUCCGGGGGGUCCAACGGAGUAGCGGGGAUCAACCGGGACUCUCACAAUCGCUCAGGGGGCAGUGCAGACAGUGUUCUCUCCCAGAUAGCUGCCCAGCGUAAAAGAGCUGCGGGGCUGAUAGAGGUGAAGACCCAAACGGCAGAGAAGCACCAUAGCCCGGCUCCUCCAGCACCCGUCAGCCUGCCUGACAUCCCGUCCAACCCGAGCCUGGUCGCCUCGGACCUCCAAGCCAGGAGGAAGAUGGAGCUGAAAAAGCGAUCGCAGUCUGGGAAUUCGUCCACCUCCAAGAGCACGUCCCCGACUUUAACCCCGUCUCCGUCCCCGACGCCAAAGAUCCCCGCCGGCCCGGGCGACUCUCUGUCGUCGGCUUCGUCUCACCCGCGCUCCAAGAGCAGCGGCGGCUCCAGCAGCGGCACCAUCACAGACGAAGAUGAGCUGUCUAGUAUUUUGAAGAAACUGUCUCUUGAGAAAUACCAGCCUAUUUUUGAGGAGCAGGAGGUCGACAUGGAAGCGUUCCUGACUCUAACAGACGGAGACCUGAAGGAGCUGGGGAUCAAAACAGACGGCCCCAGGCAGCAGAUCCUAGCCGCCAUCUCUGAACUCAAUGCUGGAAAGGGUCGGGAAAGGCAGAUCCUUCAAGAGACCAUCCAUAACUUCCAGUCGUCCUUUGGCAGCAGCGCCAGCAACCCGAGGCCACCAGGCCAGUCUCGGUCUCCAACAACUUGGAUGAGGCAUCAAGUUCGCUCCUCCAGCAAAAGAUAACCUUAUCUACAUUAAUCCCUAUAAGGGAAACACUCCAGCGGUCCCUCCAGGAGGAGCGUGGAUGUUGGCGACUCUUUGUGGAGGCUCCUGAACGGCGACAGAAAUAAGUGCAAGAGGACCCGGCAAGCUCUCCAGUCGAGAGAGCGUUUUAUGGGGCACAGCUGGACCAAACUGGGAAGCAGGGAGGCAGCCUCUGCUUUCCACUGAAGCAUGAGCUGCUUGGGAAACGGGACAUGGAAAAAUGGAAAAACCGGGAGCGUUGGGACAAAACCCUGAGGUACACCAAGUAAAUUAACAGACAUUUUGUGAUAAGAACGUGAGAUGCAACAAACGUACCAUAAAAGCAUCGGUUUGAUUAAGAAGUACAUCGGUUGUGGGUGUAGAAAUAAAAGAUGCCUGGAUUGUC